CCGAAAGGCUCGACUUUUAACUGAAGAUUGUUCAAGCAUUGUGGUGAUUGAGAUCAAUUUGGGGAUAAUGAAAUGAUCGUUGACUGUUGCAGUUUGGUGUCUUUGAAACCCUAAGUGUAGGGAAGGAAGGACCUUUAGUUUGAUCUAGGGGUUUAAUCUUGUAGGGGAUUGAAGCAUGGAAAGAGAGGGGAGGACGGGUCUGGAGAUUGAGGGGAGGAAAGAGAAGAAGAAAAGGCACAAGGGGAAUGGGAAGAAGGAGGGUCUCGGUGUAGAUUCUGCUUUGAUUGAAGGUCGAGUUGAUGAAAUGGGAAAGGUAAUGGAGGGGGAGAAUGGUGACAAGAAGGGUGGGGCUCAUGUGACCGGCAGGGAAGGAGUUGGUGAGGGGAAGAAAAGGAAGAGAAGGAGGGAGAUAAAGGAGGGGCUUGGUGGAGCUUCUUCUUCAAUUGAUGCUUGUGUCGGCGAAAUGGGGAAUGUAGUAGUGAAGGGCUUGAAUUGUGACAAUAAGGUUGGGACUCAUGUGAACGGCAGAGAUGGUAAGAAGAAGAAAAGAAAGAGGGAGAGGGAGAAUAAGGGGUAUGAUGCUGUGAUGAACAAUGUGAGUGAUGAAAAGGUCUUCAUGGAUGAUAUGGAUAAGACCAAUGUGGAAACCGAGGAAGAAGUUGACCUUGGUGGUGGUAGUUCAAAGAAGGGAAAGGCAAUCCGUGAGGAUGAAGAAAUGAGAGCGGCGGUAGAAUAUGAAGAUGCUGCGGAAGUGAGCAAUGAAGCAGGGGAUAUGAAGAGAAAAAAUGAGAAAUUGAAGAAGAGAAAAGUGGGUGGUGAAUUGGUACAGAAUGUCACAACUAAAGCUUUGGAGCGUGAAGUAAAAAGUCAGAGUUCCAAUGUGAAGGAGAAAAGGAACAACAGAAGUAAAUUGCUGGAGACAAUAUCUGAGAAACUGAAUGGUAAAAGCAGUGAUAGAGAGGAUAGCGACAGAGACGUGGACACUAUUGAUGUAGAUGAUGAAAAGCUAAGGAAGAAUAAGGGAGAAUCAGAACAACUUGUUGGUCUAGAGGAUAUCAACAAAUACUUGGAGACUGUUAAUUUGGAAGAUGGUAGCAAAAGGAAGAAGAAGAAUGCUAAGACAAGCAAAUGUGUUAAUGUAGAGGGUUGCACCAGGAGCACAGAGGCUGUUAUGAUGGAUGAUGGUGAGAAAAAGAACACUAGUGGUGUAGAGGCCUCACAGUCUGAUGGCCCAAGUGAUAAGAAACUAGGUCUAGUAAAAGGUAGGUUUUCAAAAGAAGAAGACAAGAUUCUAAAAGAGGUUGUUUUGACAUACAUUGAAGAACUUGGCUUAGGGGUUGACGGCCUCAACAUGGUCCUCCAUUGUAGAUCCCACCCUGAUGUCAAAAACCACCCUGGUGUCCUAAAUUGUUGGAAGGUAAUUGCUGAGGCCAUGCCUUGGAGGCAUUACAAGAGUGUAUAUUCUCGAGCCCAUACUUUAUUUGAAGGAGCUGGAGAACAGACAUGGACCCCUGAAGAGUAUGCAGAGGUGAGAAAGUUCCAUUCAGAACAUGGGGCAGAUUGGAAAAAGUUGGCUGCUAAACUUGGCAAAUAUAGGGUUCAUGUCAAGGAUGCAUUUCGUCGGUUAAAGCAGCAAAAUCAUAGGAAAGGACCUUGGUGCCAAGAGGAGUACCAGACUUUGUUUGAUUUAGUGAACAAGGAUUUGCUUAUGAGGGCCUCAGAAGAAAGGAAAACCAAGCAUGGCAUGCUGCGGGGGAAUAUAUGCUGGGAAGCAAUCAGUGACAAAUUGGGAACUAGAACCAAUGCAGUUUGCAGCAUGAAGUGGUAUAACCAACUUGUAUCACCUUUGGUUAAGCAAAAGCUUUGGGCUGAUAUUGAUGACUAUAGGCUGCUCGAUGCUCUCAGUAAGUUGGAGGCUAGCUGUAUUGAAGAUGUAGAAUGGGAUGAUCUGCUUGAGCAUAGGCCUGGAGAUGUAUGCCGGCAGCGAUGGGAUCAAAUGGUUAAAUACAUUGGUGAACAUGUGAUGGAGUCAUUUCCUGAACAAGUGGCAGUUUUAUCUAAACGGUAUCCUGCUCAUUUAAUUGAAGCGAUUGAGGUCUAUGAUAGUAAACCGGUGGCUGACUGAGGUUAGUUGGUGACUUGGUGGUAUCAAGUAGCUAAAGUACGUCACGCGAGAGAAGUCUGAUAGUUUAAACCAGUACUAGACUAGUUUAUUUAGCAAGAAAUGGCUUCUCACUUUUGCUUCUUGUUUGGGAUUAUGUGUCCAUAUGUUUCUGUGUCAAAGGUUGUAUUUGAGACGUGAUAAUCACUAGACAAUGACCUUUGUUUUGCAAUAUAUAAUAUUUUUGUACUAGAAACAAGGAGUUUCUUUGGUAUUCUUUAUUUG